CAGCAGAUCCUUAUUCCCCACUCUCCCGUCCCUUUCCUCUUACGAAUCUCAUCGGCACAAAGUGUCUGCACGCUAAACCAAACAAAGAAAAAGAAUUUUUUUCGCAGAGGGAAUAAAUUUUAUUAUUUAUUAUUUAUUAUUAAUUUUUUGGGGGAAAAUUGCUAGAGAAAGGGAAAGAUGAAGAUCACGUCGUUAUUGGUGUUGAAGUGCAACCCGGAAGGAUCCGAUCCGAUAAUACUAGCGAACGCAUUUGAUGUGAGCCAUUUUGGUUACUUCCAAAGGUCAAGCGUCAAGGAGUUUAUCGUCUUCGUUUCUCGAACCGUCGCCAAACGUACCCCUCCCGGUCAGCGCCAGUCCGUCCAGCACGAAGAGUACAAGGUACAUGCUUAUAACAGAAAUGGACUUUGUGCCUUGGGAUUUAUGGAUGAUCACUAUCCUGUUCGAAGUGCUUUUUCACUUCUCAACCAGGUGCUAGAUGAAUAUCAGAAAAAUUUUGGGGAAUCAUGGAGAACUGUGCAAGCCGAUAGCGCUCAACCUUGGCCCUAUUUGAAUGAAGCUUUGACCAAAUUUCAGGACCCUGCAGAGGCUGAUAAAUUAUUGAAAAUUCAGAGGGAGUUGGAUGAAACUAAAAUCAUCCUUCAUAAAACUAUUGAUAGUGUUCUUGCACGAGGUGAGAGGUUGGACAGUUUAGUUGAGAAGAGUUCAGACCUGAGUGCGGCAUCACAGAUGUUCUACAAGCAGGCUAAGAAAACCAAUCAAUGUUGUACCAUACUGUAAACUUCUAGAGAAAGCAGCGAUGCUGUGAUGGCAUUCACUUGUUUUAGGGUCUGAAGCUGGUGGUGACUGUAAUUUGUUUAUAAUAGUUUAUCAAAAUUGUUUGUUUGUUUGAGUGGCAUUCUCUUUCUGGGCAUGUCUUUGGGAUGCAAAGAGGAGCGAAACCAAAAUAUUUACAAGAUUUUCAUAUUAUAAUACUAUAUAUAUUAUCACUUGUACGCGUAUUCUAACAAAUAGUAGAUCUUAAUUCUUGUUUCUAUGGAUGCAUGCGAUUCUUAUGUUAUGCUACUAUAUAGGGUUUGUCUUGGCUUGUAAACAUCUAAAUAUAUAUAUAUA